CUGCCACCUGCUCCAGCUGCUACUACUCGAGUGCGGAGGGAUGGAGGAAGCCGGCUGCCCUGCUCCUGCCCGACGCCGAUCUGCCUCCCGUCGCCACCGUGGCUGCAGAGGAAGGAAGAGUUCCUACUCGAUUAGUGGAUAAAACUCAAUUAUAAUUCUAACCCUGCCACCUGCUCCAGCUGCUACUACUCGAGUGCGGAGGGAUGGAGGAAGCCGACUGCCCUGCUCCUGCCCGACGCCGAUCUGCCUCCCGUCGCCACCGUGGCUGCAGAGGAAGGAAGAGUUCCUACUCGAUUAGUGGAUAAAGUUGGUGACUUGGUGCUUUUUGACUACUCAAAUUUGCUCAAUGAAUUUAAGAGUACCAAUAUAUUUCUUAUUCUCACUGAUUCAAAGUCAAGUUGCUAAUUUCAGUUGAACCCAGUUUAUAUAUAUCAGCAAUACACUAAAAAAAAAAAAACACAGCAUUCUAGCAAGGGUGGAACUGAGGUCAAGGGCAUUGAUCAUAUGGCCAUAGAAAGGUUGUCACCGUCGCUGAGUUUAUUUUGAGGUUUAUUUUGUUGUUUCUUUCCUUAUAUUUUGUUAAUUUUGGUGCAAUAUAUGAGUUUAAGUUGAGAUAAGUGUUUGAAAGAUAAAUAAAUGAUUUAAGGACAUUAAAGUAAAUUUGACUGAAUUAGGGCAACGAAUAAGAAAUUUUAGGGCGACGAAUAGCAAUGCCCUUUUUAAUACGCUGCAAUAAUUUUUGUGUCGUAAAGUUACAACAAUAGAUAACGGCUAAAUUACAUGUUUGGUCACUCAAAUUACAUAAAAUUUUCAUAUUUACCAUCUGAAUCACUUUUCUUUCUUAUUCGUCACUAACUUUACAAAUUGUUUCACCGUUAGUCUCCAUUAACUCCGUUAGUUUUUUGAUGAUGUGGCAAACAGAACUUAUGAAUGGACUGUUAACUUAAUGAGAUGGCAAUUUAAAAGAACCAAACAAAAAAAAAAGACAAUUAGACUGCACAGGAGUAUCCUCACCUUCCCCUCCAUCCUCUUCUUCGCCUUCCCCAUUUUUACGCUGAACAAUAGAGCUCGUCGAUGGGUUCUUCCUCGGUUGCACGAUUAGCCACCGGGCCGACUUUCUGGUCCGAAAUAUGCCAGUCCGGUGGUGGUUAUUUGGCUGGCUCCAACCAGAUUUUCAGCAGGCGUUGGUUUCUCGAUCAGAACCAUUGGCCUUUCAGGUUUUCGUGGGCGAUGGACGAAGAUUUCAAAGAAAAUCCCAUCCCACCGCAACAGCUGAAAGAGCGGGGUUUUCCACAACCAACAGACGAAGCUGGCGGAGCCGUCGACCAGAUCUCGACUGUACAAAUGAGGGUGGGAGAGGUCGAGCUCUUGUAAAGUUCCAUAGAGACCAUCGAGCUCGAUCGGGAUUCUGCUGGAGAAGCUAUUGUGUGACAAAGUUAGCCGCUUUAAUUUCUUCAGCCUACAACGAUCCCGGAAUAGGAAACUCAAAGGUCGUUCUGAGUCAAAUCGAGGGUUUCCAAAAGGGAGCAAUUACAAAACUCGAUUGGGAACCUGACACCCGAAAAAUGAUUCCGUGAAAUAAUGAGUUGGGUCAAGUUUCCACACCACCCAAAAUCCAACCUGGGGAAGCUGGUGGUGAAAUUGUUGAUGGAGAGAUCCAAUACCUCAAGUGAUGGUGAACUUUGAGUUGACUGCCACAUCAGCCAAAGUUAACGGAGUUGGACGGAGAGUAACCAAAUGUGAACGGUUUCAAUAAACUGAAGUACCACCAAUGGAUUUAAAUAUUUCGAGUGAUCAAACUGAAAUGUUUUCUGUAAUCCCAGUGACCAACCAUGCAAUUAACCCAAAAAAUCUGAUAAUUUUAUAAUUUUUUUUUUCAAUAUGAUGUAAAAUGAAUUAGCUAUGGCCCGUUGGAUUUUCGAAGAAGAUUUGAAAAAUGCUUUAACUACACGCCUAGAAAUCCAACCCCCAAAACUCCCGUUAGCAAUCCCCUAAAUCCCUUAUUUCUUUCAUUAUCCUUUAUGAUAUGGACCAUUAGAUCUCUAGCUCUUUCUCAAAUUACAACCAUUAGAUAUGAUUUUUUAGCAUUAGAAAUAGGAAUGGUUUUGUAUUGGAACCUAGCCAAAAUAAAUUCCAAUCUUCAAAUUUUCGAGUAUGUUAGUAGUUGAAAAAUAAAUAAGUCAUAAGUACAAUUAUGGCAAGAAACACAUAUGAUUCUUACAUUAUGUGAGUCUUCUAUAUUUUCCUAGGUAUUUCCUACAUAACCCCUCACGUUCUUAGCUGUUGGCCUCCAUCAGACAAAUAAUAAUAAUAAUUAUUAUUAUUAUUAUAAUUAUAAUAAUAAUAAUAAUUUCCACCCUCUAAACCAUGAUUUAUAAUUCUAUCAAAUUAUUAAUGAAACUUGAAUUUAUUAAUUAAAAUGUGUAACUGCAACAUCCUCGCAUGCUAUGUAGUGGAUGAGGAAGUUUCUCUCCCAUUCCACGUUUAUGCCUUUGGAGGUUGGCAUACCAAAUUAUCAAAUAUUUAGGAGACCUCGUGAAUUUCGAGUUAAUGUUUGUUAGUGCGAUAAUACUGCCAAUGUGAGCCCUUAAAAUAUGUAAUUUAUUCCUUUUUUUUCAUAAUUGAGUCUUUAUUAUUGUUUCUAAUAUUGGGUCGAGUUCAGUCUUUAUUGUUAGUUUUAUGUUCUAGCUUUUAGAUAAUAAUACUCACGUUCUCAAUUGAGUAAUUUUCCACGAUUGUGUACUAUUUUGCUAUCACUAAUUUAAGAACAGACUUUGGUUUAUUUAUAUCCCAAAUGAUUGACAUGUGAUCUCAUGUGGUUUCUGUCCACAACAACAUGAACCGGAGUUUUUCACUACCUUUGCUUUUGUCAGAGUUUUUUACUAACUUCUGGAUAAAAUAUGUUAAACCAAUCCAUUAUCCUACAUUCGGUUCGGACAGUAGGUUGCUAUAAAGAUUUUGUUUGAUU